AAAGACAUUAACCAUGGAACAUCCAGCUGUAGGGUUUGAUGAUCCAACCCUAAUUGACCCAUUAGAUGCCAUAUUGAAUGACCUUGCUAAUGACCUUGAUGGGGAUCCCACAACAUUCCAAGACCUUCUACAAAUUUCAAGGUCUGAACUUGGACCCAAUAAUAUGGCCAAUAUAACCACUGCUAUGGAAUAUUUUAGAAGCAUAGAAAACAACAAAGUUUAUGACAAAUUAGAUUUGGUGGACUAUCUCAUCAAUGUGACAGAUACUUUAAACUACCAUACAGUCAUGGGAACCAAUAGAGUUUCUGAUCAGUUGAGCCUGUACAAAGAAAGACUCCUCAAACAUAGAGAAGUACUGAGAACGAAAGGAGUAGAUAUCGAUAAGAACUUUGUCGGGAGAAUUGAUGACAUUAAAAAGAUUGAGGGAGUUAUAUCUGGUGACUUUGAUUCUGUAAGAGGAGUUUGUAUAUGUGGCCUAGGAGGAAUGGGUAAAACAAGUUUAGCUAAUGAGGUCUGCUACCGUCUUUAUAAGUCAAACCAAAGAUGGAAGAUCAUCAGAAUUGAUUUAAGAGAGAGGGAUACUUUAUUGGAUUUACUGAGUUUAACACUAACAGAACUGCAUGAGACAUUUAGUUCUACAGAUAUACCAGAAAUGAUCAAGAAACUAUGGAAUAUCAUUCCUGACAUAAAAAGAAGGACAGUAUUGUUAUUUGAUAAUAUAGAUGGUCUUCUUCAAAACAGAAAAGGAAGACAGCAGAUUUCACCAGUGUUGAAAUUUUUCAAUGACUUUCUACAGAUGUUAGAUGACACAUCAAUCAGAAUAUUAAUUACAUCCAGACAGAAGUUAAUUGCAAUUGAUGAUAAACAGUUUAUAGAUAAAAUGCGAAAAAUCGGUAAAUCACAGAAAAGAAUGGAUGAGUUAGUACUAGAAAUAGAACUGAAGCCUCUCAAUGUUAAAGAGGCAACAGAACUUUAUGAAAAAUGUGUUGACAAACAGUACAAAACUGAUAGAAAGAUAACUGGAGAUAUUAUACGAUAUUGUGGAUAUUGUCCAUUGGCUAUCAGGGCUACCUGUAGUGCAGUUAAUGGUGGACUCCUUGAACCUCAAGUUAUAAGAUAUAACUUGAAAAUAGCUGCAGAAAAGGGUGGCCUCUCCCAUGCUUUGCAAGUUAACAAUUGUCUAGCUCAAACUUUCAGUUCGCUUGAUGUUGAAUACCAGAAGAAAUUGGCAAGACUCACAGUAUUCCAGACAGCUAAGUUUGAUGUUAAUGCUGCCAGCGCUGUGUUUGGGGAACUUAACAUGACUAUGCGACCUAAAAUGGACCUGUUAGCACUAAAAACCCGGCAUUUUGUAGAAAUAACAGAACCGGAAGAUUACAUGAUGAAAAAUAAACCAAGUUCAGCUACAACUGACAUUUUUUUGACUCAUGAAUUGAGAUAUUCUUUGCAUCCACUUGUUUACAUGUUCCUAAAAGAAAUAAUCAAGGAUGGAUGUUUUCAAGAAGAAGUAAAAAUGGCAUGGCAAGGAUUUGUCAGACAUUUUGAAAAAGCUGUGCAGAAAAUAGGUGAAAAAAUGGAUACAAAUUGUAUGAAAGCUUGGAGGAUGAUUGAAGAAAAUAAAAAGCACUUCAUUAGUCUGUUUAAAGGUGAUCAUGUUCUAGAUACAGAGACAACCAUAGAUCUGAAGGACAGAAUUUUACUUUGUACCCAAAUGGUUUUAGUUGGAAACCUCUUGCUUGGAGAUUUUCAUAGAAUAAACAGGAUUGAAAAAAUGUUAGAAAGCAGUAAGCAAAGGAAUUGCAAACUAGAAUAUUUGUUCUGGAAAAUUGAAAAAGCCAGUUUUUUCUUUGACGUUGACAGAAAUGAACUUGUAUCAAAGUAUCUUCAAGAAAUAGAAACCUCCUGCAAUGUUGUAACAGCCAAAGGUACUGCUUUGGCCCCUGUUUUUGGGAUUUAUUUCCUCCUGAAAGGAAAGUUUAACAUACGUAGAAGGCAGCUAAAAAAUGCAGUUCAAGAUUUUACAAUGGCCCAGAAAUUGUUCAAUGAACACAAAUUUGUGCGUCAUCGGUACAUGUAUCAUAUUACAAAUAUUUAUGAAAAAAUUGGUCAAGCAUAUCUUAUGCUUGAUCCACCCGCAAUUGAAGAAGCCAGGGAAAAUCUAUAUGCUGCCUUUAAGAAAGCUGAAGAAAAAGUUGAAAAUUUUUAUAAUUUGGACAUCCCUUCAUUUAUUGCAAGCAUUGGUCGAUUGUGGUUUGUAAUAGGACUAAAAGAAAAGAAAUUGAAAAAUACAAAAGAGGCGAAAGAAAAUUUUGAAAAAUCAGUUAGAUAUUACACAAAAGCUAUGGCGCUGGACACGCAAAUGAAUCUACACAAGUAUGAUAACUAUGCUGAUAAAUUAGUGAAACGAGCUGAAUCCUACGACGAGCUUGGAUUGUUGAAAGUUUCUGGUGCAUUAAGUGAUGCUGUAAAAGAUAUCAAAGAAGCAGAUAAUAUCAGAAGGAAAAUCCUGCAGCCUCCUCACUAUAAAUGUACACAUACACCACAUCUUGUGGGCAAAAUCCUCUUACACAAGGCACGACAGGAGUAUGACAAAAAACAAAAAGGUAAUGCUAUCAACCAUCUUUGGGAAGGAAUAAUGUUUUAUGAGAUUACCAGAGAUAUGACAAAAUGUGGUGGUCUACAUCCAAUACAUAUACAUAGACAAGAAUAUGAGGAAAUAAAAGCUGAACAUCUCUGGGCUUUACAGCAGGCCAGAGAGACACAGAAAAUCGAACCAGCCAUCAAGUUUUACAAUGAUUUUGAAAAGGGUAAAUUUGAAGAAGAUAGACAAAAAGCAAGAAGUGAAAGGGAGACUAUAAAACACAGUGAAUAUGUUCCAAUAGAGGAUGUCAAAGCAGAAAUAAUGAUGGCUGGACCAGGCAACAUGACCUUCACACCUGUGAGAGCAGAUGAUAGUGACAGUGUCUCUGAGGAUGAGAAUUAUGAAAUGGUUGAGUUCAAAGAAGUUGUAUUUGAAGAUUAUAAGUUAAAAGAUGAUGAGGUGAUGGAUUUUGAUAAAUUAUUUGAAAGAAUGGAAAAUCCUGAUGAUUUUUCAACAUCAGAAGAAGAGGAUGUUGCUAUGGAAACAGAAGCAAAGGUCAUUGAAGGUAAAGGUUUUGAAAGUUUAAUGGAAAUUCAAGAAGAUAUUGAUCAAAAUUCUUCGAAAUCUGCAAAAACAGAUUUGACAAUUGAGGAAGAUGAAGUUUUUGAUGAAAAAGAUGAAACUAAAGAAGAAAGUGGGAAAAACUAUUUAUCAGAAAUUAAACAAAAGUCAACAGAAAGAAGCAGUAUCUCUUCAACUUCUUCUCAAGACAUGAGCUCUAAGGAAAAGAGGGAACGUUUCAAAAGAAAAAGAUCAAGAGAUCCUUCAAUGCAGGCAUUCCUUGACAGUGUUGAGAAAGAAACAUCUGAAAAGGGCAGGGCUGUUUUGAAAUCUACUAGAUCAACCUCACAAGAUAAGAGUUUUGAUCUAGAAAUGCCAGUACUGGAAUAUUUAAAAAUUGUAGAUACUAAAGAUAAAGAAGAUAAAAGAAAAUUAUUGGAAGACAUGAAACAAAAAUAUCCAUCUGUACAAGAGGAGGAAAAAGAAGAUACAUCCAGACAAUCUGAAGACACUGAACAACAAAAGGUUACCAUGACAAUUGGAAGAAAGCGUCAGCUACAACUUUCAAGGUCGGAAGAAGUGUCCGGUCAAAAAACAAGCCGAGAUGUAAAAAAAUAAACUGCAUACACUGUCUUUAGUGAUAUAACCUAGUUAUUGCUUUUUGGUUCAAAUUAAUGUUUGAAAGUAGGAAGGAGGGCUACUCAAUUAAAGUUAUGGGAAAAAAGGAGCAGGGCUGUCCCAUUAUAAUUAAAUGAAAAGGGGAAGGAGGUAGUUAGGAGCAGGAAUUUUCAGUCAAAAUGAAUAUAGCAACGAAGGAAGGAACAGCUUUCCAUUAA